AUGUUAGGCACAUUGAAACCAUCACAAAAGCAGAAUUGGAAAUUAUACAUCAAUCCCCUUGUACAUGCUUAUAACUGCACCAGAAAUGAGUCAACAGGAAUAUCACCCUAUUAUCUUAUGUUCGGCAGAAACCCUAGAUUGCCUAUAGAUGAGGAAUUUGGAAUCAAGAAAACAGAAUGGAAGUCAACUUCAAAGUAUAUCAAUGACCUGAAAGAGAAUAUGAAGGCAGCAUAUGAAUUAGUCAACAAGAAUACAAAGAGAGCUCAAGAGAAACAGAAAGGAGGGUAUGACCAGAGAGUAAGAGGAGCGGAGAUCCAGACAGGUGACAGGGUGUUAGUUAAAAUCGUAUCUUUUGACGGGAAACAUAAAAUUUCCGAUAAAUGGGAAGAAGAACCUUAUAUAGUCUUAGACCAACCAGAUCCAAACAUUCCAGUAUUUCAGAUCCAAGAAGAGACAACCAAGGGUAAAAUAAGAACACUACAUAGAAAUCUACUUCUCCCAAUAAGUCAGCUGAACAAUUACAAAACUCAUGAAGAACUCGAGAAGGUAAAAGAAAUUCCUAAACCGAGGCCUAGACCCAGAACAAGACAACAGAGUAAAGAGAAAGAGGAUAUUCAUGAAGUUAUAUCCCAUAGGGAUGAGGAAAGCAGUUCAGAUGAAGAAAUGGAAGUAGUAUAUGUACCGGUACAGAUGGAAGAAGAAGAGCAUCAUGAUGCAGGUAAUGUUGAGGGUAAGGAGAGAACACAGGAACCUAAUGCAGAGAUUCCAGAGGAACAGCAUCAGCAGCAGAAUGCUGAAGUAAUUCCUAGAGAGGGACAGCAGCAGGAGAAUGCUGAGGUAGAGAUUGCACAUGAGCAGCAUCAGCAGCAAGAUGCAGAAGUAGAUCAUGUGGAUGGAGAUGAUAGCAUGAGGUCAGAGGAAGAUAGACAGAUACCAAGAAGAAGUGGAAGGGAGAGGAGAAAACCUGCUUGGAUGAGCAACCAGGAAUAUGUGUUUACCCAACAACAUUCACUAGAAUGGAUGAAGAAAUGUGAAUUUCUACAUGACUUGAUGAAGUCCCAGGAAAUGAAAAAAUAUGAAGACAAAAUUGUGCAAACAAUGCUUGAUAUUUUAAAGAAUAAUUAA